AAUAUUUAUUUAAUUAACGUCACUGAUCUAAGAUAUUAAAUAAACAGCAUAAAUCCUUUGUUCUCUGUAUUUUUCUCGGAGAAAAUAAUCAAAAAAUCCUUUAAAAUCAAAGCCUGAUUAACGAAACCGUAGGCCAGGGAAGAAACUGAGAUUCAAUCAGCUGAUUUCGUUUUGACAGUAUUUAUUUGCGACCAAUAAGAGUAUAAACCGACCCGGCUACCAAGAACCAUGGACAGGCUCCCGAUAUCCGUUAAUCAAGGGCUUAAUCCACCCAUUCAAACCCAAACUUUGUAAGUGCAUUGUAACAUCUAGGAAGAUCAAUAAACAGCGCAAAAAUGUGCGAAAAUCCCAUUUCCCUAGAAGAUAUGUGUUUGAAUGUGAUUUGUGAUAAUAUUUUAACUUAUAUUGAGCCCCAAAUUUAUACCAAGGAUGGUUGGACCUCCAACUUUGAAGAUUGCACUGACUGUAACCAUGACGUACAGUGUCACAAACGUUACAAAUUUCGAGACCCAGACAUAUUCCUGAUCAAUAACAUCUCAGAGAAACUUUUGAACAAAAUGAUGGAACACCACCUGCUGUGCGAUGCCACCCUGAACAUCUUCACUAAAUCAAACACCAACCUAAGAUCGGUUAAAAUUAAAAACUGUCGAGUGACUAAGUGCGGAUUGGAGAUCCUUAAGAGGCACCACAUAGUGGAUUUGGAGAUUUCCAAUUUAAAAAAUGUUAAUCUGUAUGAUGUUUUCGAUUGUCUAAGUGAUUGGUCAAAGCAAAACUUAAGAACUCUGAUAGUCACAGACUCACCAACCCCUCAUCAAUUCAGUUACAAGCUUUCCGACUUUAUUAAAUGGGCCAAAUUAAAAAGCUUGACCACCCUUAAUAUAUCUUACACUCAACAGCUGGAUUUGCCUUCGUUAAAGGCACUCUGUGAACAUUUUAAGACCCUGGAGAAGCUCGACCUUUCUGGUGCAGGACUGGUGUAUCUGCAACCAUUGGAAAUGUUAUCCAACAAACUCGUCAGUUUGUCUUUAUGUGAUUUAGUUGAUUGCAGUGAAUACCUGAUACCCACCCUGGAGCAACUGUCCAACUUAAAGUUUCUGGAUAUCAGUUUGGUUAACGAGAAGGUGGACACGGAGUCUUGGAGGCAAUUGUCCAUGUUCGAUUUCUUGGAGGUUCGCAAUAUUUUGCCCAAUUUGGAGUUUCUCGAUGUGUCUGGUUGGAAGGAGAUUAUACCUAAGAAUACGCUGCUUUCCUUUAUUGAACAUCAUCCAAAAUUGGUUUUCCUUGGUUUAGUCCUAACGUCUGUGACGUUCGACCCAGUAUUCUCCGAACCGACAUCGGAAAUGCUCCAAAACCUAAACAUCGCCGGCUUGGGUAACGAGAUCCAAAUCUUGAUGGCCCUGCAGUACUACAAAGACCGGUACAACUACGUCCAGAGGGCCCUCUAUCACUUGUUUCAAUUGACUAAUUCGUUCGGGCAACCCAGACCGGACGUUUUUAAGUUGGUUCUACCGGCGAUGGAAACCCACUCCGGACGUUUUGGGGUGCAAAUGGCCGCCACAGCAUGUUUGUACAACUUAACCAGGGGCGAGUUAAGUAAACACAUUCACCCGCAAACGUUGAGCCGGGGCGUGAAUUUGACGCUGAUGGCGAUGGAGGCGUUUCCACACGACUUUCAGUUGCAGAAAAACUCACUUUUGACGUUGUGCAGCGACAGGAUUUUGCAAGAGGUGUCUUUUGAUCGGUUUCGAUGUGCCAAGUUGGUACUUGACGCCUUAUGCGGAUUCGAAGAGGUAAACAUGAACCGAAUGGCGGUGGCGAUCUGUAGCAUUUUAGCUUCAAAGGUGUCGACCGACGAAACGUCCGAGUUGGGCGCGAGACCGAUUUACAUGCGCAAACUAUUAUCGAUGGUGCAGUGGCGCACCGAGUCUGUAAUGGCGGACAUAACCUUAAAGUUCACGCUCAGCGCCCUCUGGAAUUUGACGGACGAGAGUGCCGCCACCUGUGCGGUGUUCCUCGAACAGGGCGGCCAUUUUUUGUAUCUGGACGUGCUGAAAAAUUUUAAGGGGAUCGCCCAUAUCGAGACCAAAGUUUUGGGUCUUUUAAACAACAUCGCCGAAGUGAUACGGCUGCGUCAACAACUGAUAUCGGACGACCUAAUGGACGCCCUCUAUCGACUGAUGAAAUCGGACAACAUCGACGUGAGUUACUUCGCAGCCGGCAUCGUCGCGCAUUUGACCUCGGACGGUGAGCAGGCCUGGCAGACCUGUUGGACCGACGAUAACGCUUUUCCCACUAACGUGUCAACGUAUACGCGAAGCGAGAUGUUGGAGGGUUUGGCGGAGGCGGUGGCCCAAUGGAAAGUGCCGGACAGCGAGAUGGUCACUUAUCGUAGUUUCAGGCCGUUUUUUCCGCUCUUAAGGGUCGAAAUGGAUUAUCAGGUGCAACUGUGGGCGGUGUGGGCCGUACAUCAUGUUUGUACCAAGAAUCCCAAUCGCUAUUGCCGAAUGUUAUAUGAAGAAGAUGGGCUCAGUCUACUAAGCGACUUGAUUAAUUAUGGCGCGACCCACCCGGAUAUCCGGCAAAUCAGCAGGCAAAUUUUGGAAGCGGUUAAGGAACAAGGGGUGCCGCCUUAGGCCUUCUUAUCCCCCCAAUUAGAAAUUGUGAUUUUUAUUCGAAUUUUUAAUAAUUUACUUUAUUAAAAGGACCGCUUAGGUUAUUAUUUUAUUUAUUAUAUAACGCUUAUGUAAUAUACACUAUUUGGUCACCUUGAAUGUGCUUUUACCAUUUAGAUACUAUCGGAUGUAUCGAGUCUGACUUUUGUUGAAAUAUUAUUAUUUAGUUUGUGCCAAUUUGAAAGGAUUUAUAUUAGGCAGCAAUCGUAUUUAGGGUUUAAAUACGAUUGCUGGCCGUAAGAAACAUAUAUAAUAUAUAUAUAGUGUUAAACAA